AUGGAAAACAUACAAGUCGCAGUCCGUAUACGUCCUGAUCCAGAACCAUCCAUCUGGGCAAUCCACGAUCAACACAUCUUCCUCAACAAUCAAAUGAGAAAGCCUCCCAAUGGAUAAGGUCGCACAACCUUCGCCUUCGAUCACUGCUUCAGUCAAGACAGCAAAAAUGCCGACAUCUACUCCAAAGAGGUCAAAUCAUUGGUGCUUGGAUCUACUAAUGGUAUCAACGGCACCAUUUUCCUAUAUGGUCAAACAGGCAGUGGCAAGACCUUCACGAUGUUGGGUAAGGAAAAUGAUGAAGGAGUCUUAUUGCAGAGUUUUAAGGAUUUAUUUGCUAAAAUCGAGGCUGAUCUCAAUAAGACUUACGUGUUGCGUUGUUCCUAUUUUGAAAUAUACAAUGAACAAAUAUUUGAUCUCCUAAAACCAUCCUCCAAAUUAUAAGAAACCUUACAAGUCAACGAAGAUCAAAAGAAGGAAUUCUAUGUGAAAGGACUCAUUGAAUAAUCAGUAUCAUCCAUCAACGAAAUAUUCGAGGUACUUAAAAGAGGUGAAAUCAAUCGACACUAUGCUCAAACUGCCAUGAAUCAUAACAGUUCCAGAUCUCACGCUAUAUUUCGAUUAUAAGUACAAUCAAUUACCAACAAUUUUAUUCGACAAUAUAGAAGGGAGUAAUCCUAACAUAAAUUCCCAACACUAGAAUAAUUAGAAGCUGAAAACAAUCAACUCAAAGGAGCUAUGGUAACUGAAAGUGUUCUCAACUUUGUUGAUCUAGCUGGAUCUGAAAAAGUAUCCAAUCAUUUUGAAGAUGCUGAAAUCUAAGACACCAAUCGAAGAGUUAAAGAGGGUCAAUACAUCAAUAAGAGUCUAUUCUUUCUGACCUAAGUCAUCUAUUUAAAGGCUGAGGAUAAGGGUCAUGUACCAUUCAGAAAUUCAUCUCUAACCAAGAUUCUUAAAUCUAGUUUGGAUGGAUCAUCAAGAACAUUGAUCAUAUUAUGCAUCAAUGCUGCUGCUCUGCAUUUUGAUUACUCCAUUUCCACAUUAAGAUUUGGGAUGAAUGCUAAAAAGAUUGAAACUAAAGUGCUAGCCAACAUCAAUUAUCAAAAUGAUGAUGAAGCAUUAAAAAUUCUGCUGUCUGAUUAUGAGAAGAAAUUGCAUGACUUCGAAAAAAUUAGAGUUGAGGAGAAGGAAGGAUUUGAAUAAUAGCUAAACCAAUUAUAGAUCGAAAAUUAAUCAUUGCAAAAUAGAAUUAGCACUUAAAAUGCUGAGAAUUUCAAAUGCAUUCCUAAACUAUACAAAGAACCUACUUGGGCAGAUCGAUUCAAGCAUGACUUCCAUUGUGAUGGUGCAGGAGACAUUCUUGUUACUAAUACGAAAGUGAAAAAACCACCUUAGCAUGAUUGUUAAGGCAAAUUAGUUUUGAAUGCUUUGAAGGCAAGUGAAUAAAAUAGAAAGACACUAUUAUCUAAUUAUGAAGUAGUAAAAAAAUAAUAUCUCCAAUUAAAUGAGUACUAUAAUUAAAGCACACUUAGAUUGUAAUAAUAAAAUGAGCAAAUCCAAUGUCUAAAUCUUUAGUAUAAUAAAUUAUAUAGUUAUGCAUCAGAAAUGAAAUAAUAGUUAAAUUUUGAUGUUAAGUAACUUGAAAAUCAAGAAUUAGAAUAAAUGAUUUCGUUUUAUUAAAGUUAGUUAUUGAAGUUGUAAAUUGAAUAGCAAGCGAGAGGAUAGUCUAUGGAUUAGAAAAAGUAGUAUGACGUUGAACAAUUCAGAUUGGUUGACCAAAAGGAAGAUGUAGUGGAUGUGCAGUAAUAUCAACAAAUAGAUUUGGAUGAAAUCAUGCAAAGUAAUAUGGUAAAUGUAGAGAUGGUCAAGGAGAAGGAGGAAGAUCAUCAGAAUCAGAGUGUUGAAUCAGAAGAAUUCUUUAAAAUAGAGUUUCCAACGUACUUGCACCAUUCAAAUAAUUUUACAAAACAAACUAUGAAUGAAACUGCUUCUCAAUUGACUGUUUAGGACUUGAGUGAAAUUAAUUUCAAGAAUGUCUUGUAAAGUUUCAUUAGUGAAAUGGAUGUUCUACAACCAUCUGUGUCCACUCAUCACAAAAACAAUAGUACGUCUUGCAAUAAGAAAUAAACAGCGAAAUACAAGACGCCUGAUAAAUUGAAAAAGUAGAGCACAAGUCAAACCACGAUUAGGGGAAAAUAGAAUAUUGAACCGACUCGUUAGAGUUUUAACAAUAUUCCGAAACCAAAGGUAAGGCCAAGACAAAAUGGGAAUGCAAAUGAAGAGUUGUCUAUGUUGCUGAACAAUACUGAAAUGAGUAAAAAUUGA